CCUCCAAACAUGGCGCCGGCCCGCAGCGUUGCAGCUUCCCCGACAGACGACGCAGAGAGGGACAGAAGGAGGAGAAGAAGAAGCGGGUAGCAGCUCAUCCUGAACGUGUUUUACAAACUCUUUUGAAACGAACAAAACUCCACGCUCUUUAAGGUUUCCUCCGGAGACUUUACGUGCAGCUUUUGGAGACGUUUACGCGUCAGACUGUGCGCGUAACAGAGAGCCCACCUGUCCGACGAAGGUAGACUUCACUCCGUUUGUUCAAGGAUGUGAAUCUCCCUGAUUUAUAUGAAAUAACGGGGCAGACUGAGCAGACAGACGGGUAGCUCGGGGUCAGACUGGCUCUGGUAAGAACAUGUGCGGCCCUGUGAGGAGCAGAAACACAGAGGCUGUAGAGGACUGAGUCUUUCCAGGGGGAAAAAACAACAACUUUUUUCCUCUCUUCCACACUGAGAGGAUGGAUGGAGAUCAUUUUGCGCUGUCAGGAGUUGAGAGGGAAAGAGAGAGGCUUCCACCAAUUUACAACAGCUCCGCUCCUGCUGGUUUUGGGCGAGGAGCUAAGCAGCCGUUUCCGUCUUUGGGCACCUUUAUCUCCACACUGAGCCAGAGGAGGGACGCAGGGGGACGGAGCUUUUCUGGCGGCAUGACGGGCACCCUGACCGGCACCCAGUGGCUCAGACAUGGGAGAGAUUUGCCUCCGAUCUGCAGCGAUGUUCGUCAAAAGCAGCGGCUCUCCAUUGACACUCUUCCCCCCGAGGUCAAAGCUCCGUUCCCCUCCGACCCCAUCAUCCCCCUGCGUACCAAGACCACCAAGGAGUUUCAGGAGGACAUGGAGCAUGCCGUCCAAUCAGGUGACUGGAGGGAGGUCCGAGAGUUUUACCUGACCACCUUCGACUCCUUCAUAGAAAUUAACGCUGCCUUCAAGCGAGAGGCGAACGGGUCCUUCAACACCAUAGACGACUCGGGAGUCAACGCCAAGUUUGUCAACGCUGUUUACGAAGCACUGCUCAGCACACCUCAGGACAUCCAGAAGUCCGUGCUGAAAGGGAUCAUCAACAGCCUGCUGAGGGAGUGGAAAGGGCCUCGGACAAAAGACGACCUUCGAGCUUAUUUGAUUCUUGUUCAGAACCCCCAGUAUUCGAGCACCAGCACCUACGUGAUUUACGCUCACCUGCUGAGGCAAAUCGCAGCUCUCUCCGAGGCCGACCACCACUUCCUGGUUCAUUGGCUAAAAAAGGUGUCGGCGAGGCGUUUCAGGCAGCCGGUAGAGCGCCUCAUGCAGUUUAUCUCCACCCGACUGUUUCCUGCAGAACCAGACGAACUUCCUCCUCUGGCCAAGUGCUCCUGGUGGAUUCCCUCUGCUACCAAAGUGCUCGGCCUGUUCAAUGCAGCCAACAGUGUCUCCUCUACUCCCAUCAUGCCUUUCACCGACUUCUACAACAUCACUCUGGAGCACAUAGACUUCAUGGAGGAGUACAGAACCUGGCAGAACUACGGCAACUCAAAUAGGUUUUCCUUCUGUCAGUUUCCCUUCAUCCUUUCGACAGUGGUGAAGAAAGCCAUCAUCCAGAAAGACUCUGAGCAACAGAUGAUCAGUCAGGCCAGGCAAAGCCUGGUCAGUAAGGUUUCUCGCAGGCAGAGAGUGGACAUGAACCUUCUGUUCCUCAACAUUAAAGUACGACGAGCACAACUCCUCAGCGACUCACUGGAUGAGCUGACGAGGAAGCGGUGUGACCUGAAAAAGAAGCUGCGGGUGACGUUUGUCGGGGAGGCGGGGCUGGACAUGGGCGGCCUGACAAAGGAGUGGUUCCUGCUGCUGGUGCGACAGAUCUUCCAACCAGACUACGGAAUGUUCACCUACAUGAAGGACUCGCGCUGCCAUUGGUUCAGCAGUUGGAAGUGUGACAACUAUUCUGAGUUCCAGUUGGUCGGGACUCUGAUGGGCUUAGCAGUUUACAACAGCAUCGCUCUGGACAUCCACUUCCCCCUCUACUGUUACAGGAAGCUCCUCACUCCACCCAAUGUACCGUGUGACCAAAACGCCCUUGUCGGCAUGGCAAAUACCACCCUGGAGGACCUGCAGCAGAUCAUGCCGGAGCUGGCUCAUGGUUUGGGAGAGCUGCUGAGCUACGAGGGGAAUGUAGAGGAGGACUUCUACCUCAUGUUCCAGGUCUUCCAGGAGGAAAUGGGCGUGGUUAAAUCCCACAACCUGAAGGCUGGAGGAGACAAAAUCCCCGUCACCAAGCAGAACAGGAAGGAGUAUGUCCAGCUCUACAUCGACUUCCUGCUAAAUAAAUCCAUCUAUAAACAGUUUGCUGCCUUCUACCACGGCUUCCACAGUGUGUGUGCCUCUGACGCGCUCAUGUUGCUGCGGCCGGAGGAGGUGGAGAUGUUGGUGUGCGGGAGUCCAGAGCUCGACAUGAGCGCUCUGCAGAAAGCCGCUCAGUAUGAAGGAUACAGCAAGACCGAGACCACCGUACGGUGUUUCUGGGAUGUGGUGUUGUCCUUCCCUCUGGAGCUACAGAAGAAGCUCCUCCACUUCGCCACAGGAAGUGACCGCGUUCCCGUCGGAGGAAUGGCCGACUUAAACUUCAAAAUCUCCAAGAUCGACGUUCCAACGGACUGGUUGCCGAUCUCUCACACCUGUUUUAAUCAGAUCUGUUUGCCUCCUUAUCGAACCAGGAAGGAGCUCAAGCACAAACUCACCAUCGCCAUCUCCAACGCUGAAGGCUUCGGCCUGGAGUGACCAGCCUGUACGCACACACACACACAUGUACACGCACACUAACACAUACACAAACACAGGUAGACUAUUAGCGACGUUAGCUAUCUGUCACAACUACCACAACACACACAUUAUGUGGUUGUGGAUUAGACUUUGGAGAAAACUGGAUUGUCAACAAAUGAGUUCUGACGUCAAAAAAUAAUAUUGACUGAAAUAGUGUUUGUAUUGUUAUUUUGUUGGACUCGUCAAUUUGCUAAUGUUGUGCUUUGUUAAUUUGCAUCAGAAUCGGUAGGAGCUUCUCCCUGCAACAGCUACAGAGAAACACUAGAAAUCCUUUUAUUUGCACAUGGACUGUGUUGGCUCUAAUUUAAGACAACACUGAUUGAAGACAAUGAUAUUUUAGAUUUUCACACGUCAGUAAUGUUAUUUAAAAGAACACGUCAGCCUCCCGGAAACCUAACUAGUCAAGUCAUAGUUACAGUUUCAUUAAUUAAGUUUUAAAUAUUUCUGGUCCCAUACCAUUGAAAACAUAAUCAUAUGCUCUAGAAACCUUGUGUCAACAGAACGGUAAACUUCUCUUGAAUUGUAAUAGGAUGCUGAUUUGCUCAGGUAAUUCUUUUUUGGGUAUUCUCCCACCAUUGGCAUUUACUUUUGUGACACUCCGUUCAAUGAGCCUCUACUUUAUGGUCCAGAGUAAACUGAGAGAACAUCUCCAUUAAGCCGGUUAAAUUGAUUUGAACAGAAAAUCCGGCUUCAAAAGACAAAAUACUCAAAGGACAUGGAUUCAAUGAUUGUGGGGUAAAGAAUUAAAAGGGAAGGAAGUAUUUUUAUGACACAGCAAUGAGUAUGCUUUGGUGACUUUUCAAAUAUAUGAAGGCAUAGGAAAUAUGUUUCAUAUCAUUUAGCUUUGUUUGCAGCACACUGUCAGGAUAUAAAGCUUUGCUGGGAGAACAAUGCUAUUGUUUUUCAUGAGAUAUAGAUUGUCUUUUGAAGUUUUGUUAUUGUUGUUUUUUUGACAUUGCUGCCUGUUCUAUUGAACAAAAGGCUGCAGCAGAAUUGUUUUAAUUUUGUUUUAAAUGUUGUAAUAUUGUGAUACUGUUGAUCCAGAACUGUUGAUUGACAACUCUGUGUUUGUUUCGCUUCUCUUAUGUUGUUCUGUUGUUUCGUGGCUCUAACCAGGCUGAGAGAUGACCAGCAAACUGCAGCCAGAAGCUGGUAGAUGUUGACUGCUAGUUGAGUAUCGUACAGAGGAUGAAGCAGGAUGGAAAAAGAAGCCAUCUUCUGUGUGUCCUGUUCUGUUAUUAGCAUGUACUGUAGGUGAAUAGUCAGACUGGUUAUUUGAGUAUUGAGAUGUUUCAGUGAUUGUGGCUAAGUACUUACUGGUUAUUACAGCAGACUACAAUCACAGUCCUGCAAAGCAACUUCAGUUAAGCACCUAUUUCUGGUGUUCAGUGCUCUGAACCAAACCAGGUUUCUCGUUUACAUGACAUUUCAAAAAUAAGCUGAUAGGAGAAAGCGGACUGUAACAUGGUAUUAAGUGCCGAUAAACAAGUUUAAUGUGAAAUAGCUUCAGUGGCUUACACAGCAUUGGACGUCAUCAAAAACUUUGAUGGAAUCGUUAAGUAAAGCACUGAGGAUCUGCUUCUAUUGGAUAAUUUGUGCUUGACAAAAUGCAUCGAAGAUCCGAUUAAAUGGAGACCACAAGUGCAGCUUUCUUUAACUUGUUUGGCUUUCGUGCACCUUGUCUGGAGCUGAGCAGUGCUGGUUGUAAACACUACGUAUGGUUGCCAUGCAAGAUGUCUAAGGUCCUAACGACUAACUGACAAAAGAGCCCAGAAGUUACCAAGCAACAGUCGAGCAGCUCACAUCAGUCUAAUGUGGGUCCCUCCUUAUACAACAGUGCAUCCUUUAUAUUAAGUUCAGUGCAACAGCAGGAGGGGGUUCGAGAAGGACCUCAUACCACAUUCGCACCUCGCCGGACUUAUUGUAGAAACGAGCAGCUGAUUGGGAGAAAAUGCCAGCAUCCUUGUGCUGAAUACUAAAAGGACACAUUUUUUGGCCUUUAAAUGGGAAGGAAUGCAUUCUUGGUCAAGCGAGAAAAGUUGUUUUUCGAGAUGUUAAUCUGACCCAGGUCUGUUGUUUGUAAAUGGGACCAAACUGUGUCAGGUUAUACAGUGGGAUGGCGGUUUGAGAAUAGUUCAAACUGAUCCAAAGAAUUUGUUGAGAUGUAAUUAUUUUCACUUGUCAGAUGUUUGUAAGCACGUAAAAAGUAGAGAAUGGUCAUGUAUUUCUUAUGUUUUUUUUGUUUAAUUAUUAUUAUUUAACAAAUAUAAACCUUCAGGUUUAUCAGUAUCUGUUCAAUGUUGUGUACAUUUAGUUCUGUUAGGUUUUACCACGAGUCACAGCAGUUCUCCUUAGUGAAUGACCAUACUGUACAUAUGCUUCUCUGUUGCCCAAGUCUCAUAUAAUGUCUGUAUAUAGUGCAGCAUUUCCACAAGUAUGUACAGUAAAAAGUGGACGAGGGGUCAUCACUCUCUACGAAAAGAUUUGCGGACUAUGCUUGUUUUUGUUAGGGACACCUCCCUGUGAAUUCAUGCACAUUCACACUGGGAACUGCACAGAACAACCAGUCCUCUGUCACUGGGCAGUUGAAUGGUAAUGGUUCAGACUUAAGUUGGAAUAGGUUAUAUACAUAGUGCAUCCACUUGUUUUUGCAUUUUAUGUUCAAUUUCCCCUCAUCAGCAAAAACAGGAUAUUAGAAUAAUUUGCUAUUUUAAAAGAAAGCAAAAAACUGAUAUAUCACUUUGACACAAGUAUUCAGACCCUUUUCCACUUGAAAUUUAGUUCAGGUACUUCAAAUUUCUCCACCUUGAUUGGAGUCCACCUGUGGUAAAUUCAACUGAUUGGACAUGAUUUUGAAAGGCACACACCUGGCUAUAUAAGGUCUCACAACUGACACAUCAGAGCAGAAACCAAGCCAUUAGGUGGACGCUAUUACUGGCAGAGCUCAGAGACGGGGUUUUGUUGUGUCACAGCCCUGGGGAAGCCUACAAAAAUAAUGUCUGCUGCAUUAGAAGUUCCUGAGAGCACAGCGGCCCCCAUAAUUCUUAAAUGGUAGAAGUUUGGAACACGACUCUUCCUAGAGUUUGAAGACGCCUUUUGCAAAAAAGCAUCCAACAGUCAUGUCUGGAGGAAACCAGACACCGCUCAUCACCUGCAUAAGAGAUCGUUUUCACAGCAGCUAUUUUGAAAUGAAAUAGAUCACAAGUGUAUCCUGCUAUAGGGGUGUUUUUCAGCAGUCAGAGUUGAGGGAAAGCUGAAAUGAGCAAAGUACACAGAUAUCGUUCGCUAGCAACCUGGUACGGCAACCACAUGUCACUCAAAGCGGUCACGCCCUCAAUUAUGUCUAACUUUAAGUCUUAUCUUAGAUAAGUUAAAAAAACAGUCUGUACCAGGCUGUAAAUGUUCAUCUCUGCUUUAAAGUUUGGGCAUUUUAACACAUGUUUUACUCGUUUUUGAAGCCAGCCUCAAGUGGCCAAUCGAAGAACUGCAACUGUUUUUUGCACUUCCAUGUUGGCUUCAUUUCUUAGUGCCGGAGGUUGCCGCUUAACACGAUUAUCACUCCUCUCUUUUGAUGUUAACACCAGUUAAUGCUCAAUGCUUUUCUCAGGCUCUUUUUUUUUUCUGUCUCUCUUUGGUGGUGAGGUGGCCGACUUUGAGGCCGGGAACAAGGGAUCUUAUCGUUUAUUAAACAAACAGAAAUAUGUAGGCCAUGGUCAGCGCCGCUUGGUCACUUAGUAACCUGCCAACAGUCCACCAUUAUGUUUUUUUAAUAGGAGAGCAGUCUGGUUGGCUGACUAACUGGGGCGACCGUGGCUCACUGGCUUAAGAGGGUUGUCUGGUAACUGCAGGGUCAAUGGUUUGA